AUGCUCGAACUGCAAAUUGUGGUUCCAUAUCGGAUGCAUUGGUCUUUCCAGAACUAUGUUCGUAUCAUAUUACUCAAACACUCUACAAUCGAUUGGACAUGCCCUGGUUGUGAAAUAAACUUUCUAUCAGACAGUUUAUUCGAUGAAACUCAAACACAAAGCGAAAACUGUAUGGACCAUGUGGUGAAUAUCUUAACUAAACUUGGAUAUUCUGAAGAUUUCUGCCGUAAUCAAAUAGAAAUAGCUCACCGCACGGGCAGAAAGAUCUCUAAUCGCCCUCGACACAUAAUUCUGAAGUUCUUUAGUAGGCCUCUCAAAAACGAAGUCCUUCGCUUGGCAAAAUGGAAUAAGUCUAUACUAAACGGCAUCUACUUUCUUGAUGACCUUACUAAGGAAGACUUUGAUCUUAAACAACGUGUCCGUCCUCUGAUGGCUGCCGCAUACAAAGAAGGUAGUAAAGUGACUUUUCGAGCUG